CAUGGCAUUUGUUACAGAAGAUAGAAAAGCUGCUCAAGAGUCCACUUUCCCAAAUACAUACACAUUUGACUUAUUUGGAGGAGUUGAUUGUCUUUGCUACUUCUCUCUUGUUACACUUAGCAUGCCUUUACUUAAGUAAAAAUUGUAUUUAGAUUAUGUUGUUUUGAAAUUAACACUGGUUUAGUUGCUGGUAUCCUGUCAACUGAGGACAAAAGUCUUCAACUACCCAAACAAUGUAGAAAGUUGUAUGAAAAUGUUCUAAAUUUCCCUUGUUUUUAAAGGGAAAUAGUGAUACUUCCCAUAGAAGUGCUUUUAACAUAAGAAUGCACAGAUUAAGUGGGGGGAGGAGGGAAUAUUUGGUUGGGUUUUGUUGGUUGGGGUUGUUUGUUUAUUGUUGUUUUUUCUUGGGCUGGAGAUGGUAAAUAUCAAAUACACUGUAAUUAUCUGGUACUAUGGCCAGAGAUUUGGCUGAUACAAGUGAGUUUAAUGCAGUGGUAGAAGCCAGUGCUAUGUGUUUUUGAAAAUCCUACUCCAGGACUUGAAAGGGAAGUGGUCUAAUCUGCUGGUUCUGUGUAUGCCAUGUGAUGAUUCUGUGUUGCAGUAUUUUGAACUGUGAAGCAUGAGUAGCUUUGAAGGACACUAAAUUUGCAGUAUACUCUGUAUAUGCUAUAAUGUGUGAUAGUAUAUUCCUUAAAAUAUUUUUGGAUUCUGACAGCCUUUACAUCAAGGAAGAACAAAUGCACAUUUGUGUCUCCUCCCUUUAUAUGAAUACAUGUAAAAUAUUACCCGAGAGUACAAACACAUGAACUGAUACACAAGCCUCGUGGACUUUGGAUCUGAAUGCAACCCCAGUCCAAGAAAUAAGAUCUCAUAACUCCCUUUCUGCUCCUUCUGCCUCUGGUGAGGCACCCUGUUACCUAUUCUCUUUCUGCCAUUGGACUCUUGCGCUUCUUGCUGCAUACUGUUGCAGUUUCAGUAGGAUGGCUGAAGAAAGCCCUCUCCAAGGAGUGUCUCACACCACUGCAGUCCAGUCCCUGGAGUGUAUGUGAGGAGCAUACCAGUUCUGCAAGAAUAAGGUGAUAAAUACAUGGAGAAGAGCAGGUGGCCUGCAUCCCAAGUGCAUAGGGAUAUCUUUGGAUGCUUAUCUCGGGUACCAAGCCUUGAGUUGUGCAUUCUCCUCCUAAAACGUAAGCCAUUAAUAUGAGCGCUACAUUACUGCUGCAGUCAUUUUUCUCUACCCUAUUGAUGCUACAGCUACUAUUACAUAUAUUGCUGGAAAAUGUAUAUUCCUCUUUAAAGUUGCCUAUUUAUUUAUUUGUCAGUGCUUAAAAUGUGGGCAGUGCCUCCAGUGCUGUCAGAUGUUUUCCUCUGUGUCUGGGUAGGCAGUUCAUUAAAAGAAGGUUAAAGUUAAGCUGGAACAAAUAGGGCGAGUAUAUUAUUGGUUGGGAUGACUUCACUGGGUGAUGCCUACAUUGCUCUUAACAAUUUUAAACUGAAUUUUAAAAGUAGGGGCUUUUUGCAAUGCUUCUUGCAGAAUUCAUCAAUUCCUUCUAGUGGCUAACUCUCAUUUUUAAAUAAACUGCUAUUUUUUAAAAUGUUUUAAAGUAAACCAGUGGUAUAGGCUAGAACUGCUAAACAUCAGUUCUACAUCUAUCAGAACCAUAGUCCUAGUCUUGGAAAGCUGACUCUUACAUUCCUUAAAUAGAAAUGAGACAACACUUCACAUAUCUGUGAAUCUAUAUGUAGGUAUAUAUACAAGGUGCAUGUACACAAGCAGUGGCUUGCUCUUUGUUGUUGAGAUUAAAAUCUGGAGCAACUAAGUUCUGUUAUGUCAGGACCCAAAAUGUGUUUUGAAGCCCAGCAAGAUUUAGUGAGAGCCUUUGCAAAAUUUGUGUCUCUUUGCAGAUUAUUGCUAAAGAUUCAUUAUUUUGAGAGAUGUGUGAUAGCCAUCCUUGAUGUUAGCUGGAUGCAUGUGAAAUUAACAUUCUUUGCAGACUUAAAUCUUUAAAACUUGCCAGUGGGAGAUUGUUUUAUGUAACUGUUAUUAUUUCUUCAGGGUAAAUACAAAUAAUUUUUGUCAAUGUAAUUUUGACACCAGUGGGGUUUUGAUUGUAGAGCUUCCAUUUUUCACCUCUGUGACUUCAGCAGAGACAGGACUAAGUUUGGAUUUGUCACUGACAAAUUAAUUGGCUAUUUGUAUCUCAAUGACUAUUCCCUUAAUUCUUUAUCUUGUUAUUACAGCUUUUAGUAGAAAUUCUUAUGAGACCUACUCUUAUUACACAGAAAAAGAAACAGAAAAUAAGCGAUGACCUCAUCAAGGACUGUUUAAGCAUACUGUAUAACACGUGUAUAUGUACGGAAGGAGUCACAAGGCGACUGGCAGAAAGAAAUGACUUUGUGUUGUUCCUGUUUACACUGAUGACAAACAAAAAGACAUUCCUACAAACUGCAACACUCAUUGAAGAUAUCUUGGGAGUUAAAAAGGAAAUGAUACAACUGGAUGAUAUUCCCAAUCUUGCGAGCCUUGUGUCCAGUUUUGAUCAGCAGCAGCUUGCAAACUUCUGCAGGAUCCUUGCUGUCACAAUUUCUGAACUUGACACAGGAAGUGAUGACAAGCACACGCUUCUUGCCAAAAAUGCCCAGCAGAAAAAAAACUUGGGUCCUUCUCGAGCUGAAAUUAAUCAAGCUACACUUUUGAAUAUUCCAGGCUUCAUUGAGCGAUUGUGCAAACUGGCAACAAGGAAGGUGUCUGAAACAACAGGUACUUCCAGCUUCCUUCAGGAGUUAGAAGAAUGGUACACCUGGCUGGACAAUGCACUAGUACUUGAUGCACUGAUGAGAGUAGCAAAUGAAGAGGCGGAGCAGAGCAGUACAGAGUCUUCAGAUGAAAGUGGGUUGGCCAACACCUCAACAAGAACACAGCUUCCACAGUCCAUGAAGAUCAUGCACGAGAUUAUGUAUAAGCUGGAGGUGUUGUAUGUUCUCUGUGUGCUGCUCAUGGGGAGACAAAGGAAUCAGGUUCAUAAAAUGAUAGCAGAGUUCAAACUGAUUCCUGGCCUCAAUAACUUGUUUGACAAACUGAUCUGGAGAAAGCAUUCGGCAUCAGCCCUUGUUCUGCAUGGACACAACCAAAAUUGUGAUUGUAGCCCAGACAUUACUUUAAAGAUACAGUUCUUGAGGCUUCUUCAGAGCUUUAGUGAUCACCAUGAGAACAAGUAUCUCCUUUUAAACAGCCAAGAACUUAAUGAGCUGAGUGCAAUCUCCCAUAAAGCCAACAUCCCUGAAGUUGAUGCAGUUGUCAACACAGACAGGAGUCUCGUUUGUGAUGGGAAAAGAGGUUUGUUGACCAGACUGCUUCAGGUCAUGAAGAAGGAACCAGCUGAAUCCUCCUUCAGGUUUUGGCAAGCAAGGGCAGUUGAAAGUUUUCUGCGAGGCACCACCUCCUAUGCAGACCAGAUGUUCCUGCUAAAGAGAGGACUCCUGGAGCAUAUUCUCUACUGCAUUGUUGAUAGUGAGUGCAAAUCACGGGAUGUGCUUCAGAGUUACUUUGACCUUCUGGGAGAACUGAUGAAAUUCAAUAUUGAUGCAUUCAAGAGGUUCAACAAGUACAUCAACACAGAUGAGAAGUUCCAGGUAUUUUUAAAUCAGAUCAACAGUUCAUUGGUUGACUCCAACAUGCUUGUUCGCUGCAUUACACUGUCCCUGGACCGAUUUGAGAAUCAGUCUGAUGCUAAAGUUGCAGAAGUCCUGUCAGAGUGCCGCCUGUUAUCAUAUAUGUCCCAGAUGUCCAUGAGAAUGUCCUUUCUUUUCCGUCUCAUUAAUAUUAUUCAUGUACAGACACUUACACAGGAAAAUGUCAGUUGUUUGAACACAAGUUUAGUUAUCCUAAUGCUGGCCCGAAGGAAAGAAAAGCUACCUUUUUAUCUGCGCACUUUGCAACAGAUGGAAUAUACAGAAAAAUACCCAGGCUUCAUCCUGAACAACUUCCACAGUCUCCUGCGAUUCUGGCAACAGCAUUACCUCAAUAAGGAUAAAGACAGCACAUGCUUAGAAAAUAGCUCAUGUAUUAGUUUUACCUACUGGAAAGAGACUGUAUCUAUACUGCUCAGUCCAGACCGGACAUCCCCCUGUGCCAUAGUUAGCUACAUCGACGAGGCAUAUAUGGACAUUGACAGAGACUUUUCUGAGGAGUAGUUCUUCGCUCUGGCUUCUGAUGGACAGCGCUUGGAGGGUACCUCGCAGCCCAUGGAUUUUCAGGGAUACGCUGUGUAGUGUGUGUGUGCGUGUGCAGCUUGGAACUGUGGAGCGUUACUGCAUUGUUAAAACCCCAGUCCCCUCCUGGUCCCCAUCUCUGAUCUCUAAUGGAUGAGACCUUGAAAGCUCUCUGGGCAACACAUUCAGGGAUGUAUCUUCCAGUUGUUCUGGGAUAAAAAGUAAAUCACCUGCAAAAAACAGCCUCUUUAUUUUUUUUUCUCUCUCCCAGUCCAGUGUUGCUGGUCAGAGAUUUUUUUUUUUUUUUUUCCUGACAGAUGAGGAUACUCUGUAUGUGCCAAUUUAGUUGUGGCUCUCUUUCAUGGCUACCAGAAUUAGCAAGUCAAAAAGCACAGAAAUUGCCCUCCAAAUGUGAGGUCCAAGGAGCCCGUCUGACUGGGACCCCGACACACCAGCCACGUGCAGAGCCACCACAUGGACUCCCUUCAUGUGUAACUCCUGUUGGGGUUUGGAAUCAGGGGUUUAGGGUUGGUUAGAGUGUGAGUGUGUGUGCGUGUGUGUGUGCUUUUAAUUCCUGAGAGCCCUAGCUCCAGUCACCUCUUUACCAUCUACUUUUGGAUCAUUUGGUACUAAACCUGUCUGUCUGUGCGUUAGGAGAGAACCUCUGUUCCUGCUGUCUUUCCUGCAGAUCCUUCCCAUCUGAAGGCAUUUUACAAUGCUGCGGAGAACAGAGACAUUUCAGCAGUGGUGGAAUUGCAACAGGGGUUGGCUUUUUCACGGAGCACUAGCAUUAAAAUGUACUAAUUUUUUAAACUUGCGGCUUGUCCCUUCUUGGGUAACUAAUCUGGUUUUAAAAUCCUCUUCAGGACCAUUGCUCUUGAUUCUAACCUGCUAUACCUGGAAGUCUUAUGUCAGUCUCUGCUUUCAGUCCUUAAUAUCAACACACACAUUAAUCUUGAAGUGCAAUAUUGACUGGAGAUGUCAGUUUUUUCCUGGAUGUAUUUUAAUCAGAAUGUGUUAAAUGCUGGGAACAAACACUCCUGGUUGAAAGUAACUUUGUAGGAUAUGUUGGGGAAGGGGGAAUCAGGUUUUGGCAGUCCUGAUUGCCAAACCUGCAUAUGCCUCGCCUGCUCACCAGUGUUAACUGUGUUGCUCCGAGACAGUCAGAUUCCCAGGAACAAAAUACAGUCUGAAGUCCUGAGCUACUGCAUUUAAGUCAAAAAAAAAAACCCAAACAAAAAACAACAACUGUGUCUUGCAGCUCCAGCUAAAAGAAACCAGUUUUCUUUGAAACAUGCAUCUGAAUUUUUUUAAAUUUUCUUAACUUAUUUGAUGAGAUGACUUCAGCUCUCUCCAGGCUCUGGCGAGGGACCGGUGGCAAGGAUGUCCCAGAGCUGUAGCAUUUUGUCUUUAACUGUUGCCAGCAGAAUGAAACCCACUCUGAGGCUCCCUGUGCUGGGGCCUGGAUGAGUGAAUGAGGCUUCCAGCCCCAGGUGCAGGACUUGCUCUCUAAAAGUCACCCUUCUCCUCUCACUCAUCUUGCACUUCUGUGUCCUGCUGUGGACUUGCAGUCAGUACUUUGCUUGCAGGGUGGUCAGAGCUGCUGAGCUUGUGCAUAAACCUGGAGCCUUGCAGGAGCUCCUGGGGAUCCUUGUGUCCCUUCCUGGGGGGCUGAAUCCCCUGGGCAGACUCUGCCCUGCUCCAGUGAGGUUACCCUGGUGGCACCCUUUCUGUGCGGGAGCUCUUUGCUAUGGUAGCUGCAACUCUCUGUUCUUCAUCAGGUCACCCCCACCUGGCCCCCUCCCUCCCCUGAGCUGAUUUCUUUCUCAUCUGUACUUUUUUUGUUCUUGGGUAUUUGUGUUUUUGGUGUAUCUUUGCUUCUUAACUGUAAUAGAUGUACACUUCAAAUAAAUGCUUCAAAUUAAAAGGCUUUUAAGUUAAGGGAUGCCUUUUCCAUAGUCUAGUUAAUUGGUGCAUCCAAUGAUUGCUGCUAUAAACCUGCAGAGUCUCAUUUAAAUCUCUGUAUUUAUGUAACGUACAGUUAGGGGCCAAGCCGUGUCUGUCCUUGGCUAUUGGCCUGCGUGAGGCUGAGCUGAAAUCACGCCAGCCUGCCUUCUGGCUCGUGGGUUGCUCCUCCCCCAGCAUUGGGAGCACAGUAACUUUUGGGUGCUCGCCUGCUAGAGGCAGCUUGGCUUUGCUUUCGCCUUCAGGCUGACGCAGGAGGCCAAGUUGGCUGGCUGCAGAGAAGGGCACAGGAAAAAAACCCACAGCAGCCCCUCCAAGGAGGGAGCGCACUGGUCUCCAGAGGAAAGGCUCUGCCUGUGGUGGGCAGGGGCAUGAGCAUGCAGAGAGGGUCACAGGCAAAUUUUAACUGAGGGCCACAUUCCUGUGGGCUCAUCUGUCCAUGCCAGAGGCCUCAAGAAUCUUUAUUUUGAGAGGGACCAGACAGCUCUCUCCUUCAUCCUUGUUUUGUCUUAUUUAUGGAGAGCACAGGGAGGAAGUGUCCUGCAUGGUGCUGGGGAGAGCUCGCUGGCUUCAGUGGAGGUUGGAGCAGACUGUGUGCUGCAACAGGGGUGGAGAGGGCACCCCUGUCACUAACAAAUACUGGAAGUCUGCACUAGCCUUAUGGAUUGCUGAAGUUCAUGCUGCCCAGAUU